UGGGAAAGCACCUGUCUCAUUUUUCUUCUCCUCAUCUCCUUCUUCUUCUCCUCCUUCGCUUCUUCUUCUGUCUUUUUCUUUUUUUUGGAAACCGCUUCUUACUCUGUCUCCUUCUUCUCCUCCUUAGCUUCUUCCUUUAUCUCAUAAUAUAUGAAACCCUAAACUUGAACAUCUGCAACUAAAUGAAGAAAGGUAAGUAAUCGGCUCUGAACUCAGAAAUUAGUAGCCUUGAACUCCAAUCAUUUGCAACAGAAGAAACAAGGGAUGAAAUCGGCUUUAAACUAGAACUCCGAUCAUUUCAAUCUUUCAUUCUUUCCCUCUUUCCCUCUUUCCUUCUUUCCUUCUUUCCUUCUUUCCAUCUCUCCUCUCCAACCAUACGUUGCUUCUCACUUUAUCUCAUCUUUCAUCUUUAUUUUUCUUGUCUUUCACCUAACAUGUGGGUUCAUGACAACAAUCUCACCCCCAAUUCCCCUUUAAACAAACGGCCCUCAAUGUUUGAAUCGUUGUUGUUAUGUAACAAUGCCAAACACAGCUUUUUAUAUCAUUUUAUCAAACGCAUGCACCGACUCACUCUUUCUUCGUCACUAGAAGGCAAAAUCAGAAACCUUUAUCUCACACCGCUGAUCACGCCUGUGAGCUUCCCAAGUGACAAUGACUUGUCAAAGACUUCAGUCAAAGAAAGAGAGGGAGAGAGCAAGAUGCCAAAGGGGACACAUUUGUAAAUGAAGGGAAACAAAUACAUAAGGGCAUUUCGUCUUUGUUUCUGAAGCUUCUUCUGAUUUCGUCCUCACAACCACCGGAAGGGAACCCUUGAUCUGAUCUGCAACCUCUCUUUAAUCUCGUCUUAUCGAUCUCAUCGUGAUCUGCUUCUCUUUUUCGCUUUUCUGUAUCAAUGGGUUUGCUAUAAUUAGUUUGGUGGAUGAUUCUACCUCACCGGACUUGUUACAGGUAAUCAGAUCUUCUUCUCCCUCUGCAUCAACUCUUUCUUAAAUCUUAAUGGGGUCAUCAAGUUCCAGGGUUUCGAUUUCUUAGUUAGGAAACUUUGUUCUUUCUCUGGAACAUCAACAUCCUCUGAUAUUACCGUAGAUGGAAGUAUUGAUGGUGACAUUUUGGGUAGCUACGAUCCAUUGACAGAGAAACAGAAAACAAAUCCCUCUCGAGGAAUUAGGGUUUUUUGUACUCCAUUUAUGGAAGCUUUUGGGGAUGAUGAAUUAGGGCUAGUUCUUAAGAGGGUUAUUGAUCGAAAUGACAGGAAAUCUUGUGCUCAGGUUUGUAAUCAGUGGUUGAGGGUAGAGGGCUUAACUCGUUUGGCUUUACGGAUCUUAGAACCUGAACUCCUCCGUAAAUUCUUGCCGAGGUUCCCUAACUUGAUUACUUUGGAAGCAGCUGGAGAGAUCACUAAUUCUGACCUUGAAUUAAUAGCCGAAACGUGUCCUGAUCUUCGGUUGCUCAAUCUCAAUCUUCGUCAAACGCAGAGGGUUCUCGAUGAGUUCGAGGAAUUGGGUCCAAACGAUGUAGGGGACGAUGGUGUCUGUGCCGUCGCGAUUCGUUGCCCUGCUUUAACCAAGGUUUGUCUGCGUAGGCGGAGUCGAAUCGGGAACGUGGGAGUUGUGGAUCUCAUAAAAUCUUCCCAAAAUUUAUCGACUUUGGAUCUGGCAAAGUGUACUAAGAUCACGGAUGAAGCAUUAGAAGCCAUUGGAGCAGCGACUUCACUGCGAGUUCUCAACCUGCGAGGGUGUUCGUUGGUUACCGAUUGGGGUUUGGCUUCGUUAGCCACUGGAUCAACAUCCAGAACCCUAAAGAAAUUGGUUCUCACCGAGUGCGAUCAGAUUACAGAUCAUGGCGUUUCAUUACUGCAGCAAAUAUACUUCCUGGAGGAGUUGAACUUGGCGGAAUGUGGGCCGAGGGUGACUGAUAGAGGGGGUGUUGCCAUUGCCGCAAUUCGGACACUCCAGCGUUUGGAUUUCUCGUGGCUGAUCAACAUUUCGGACAUCACUCUUCUUGCGAUUGCACAGAACUGCCGGAAUCUGGUAGCGAUCGACGUGACGGGUUGUGAAAUGAUCACAGGAGCUGGGAUACGUUCCUUCUCGAACCUCAAAUCGUUGGAAGUUCUUGUGUUGGCUUCCUGUUACAAUGUGUGUGGUGAGGCUGUAGAGCAGACAGUGCUCGAAUGCCAGUCCUUGAAGUGCGUUGGGCUGGAUAGAGGAUUGAGAAUGUGGAUGCCGACGUCAAUGCAAGAGAAUUUAAGCAGGAUUUGUAGAUUAGAAUGGCGGUGAGGCACAUACAUUUUUCCCCCUUAGAUAAAGCUGCAACUCAGUUUUGUUUUAUAGAACCUGCGACUCAAUGCAAUUGCCAUGGUUACUUA